AUGGGGGAGGAGACGCGGGAGCAUUUCGAAAGGCAGCGUGCCAGGAAGGCGAGACUCCGCGCCACCUCACGCUUCCCGGGCGGGCCGCCCCUCCCAGCCACCGCCCCGCGCCCAGGCCGGCCGAGCUUCGAACCCGCGGAGCCGAGCGCGGGCAGAGAGGCAGCAGCCUGCCACCCGGGCCCCCGGGAGGACAGGCGGGCGAGGCCCGGCCCGGCCUGGCCCGGCGACUGCCGAGGGGCGUGCCGGAUGGGAGGGGCACGCCGGCCACUCUGCCGGCCCCACGCGGGGACCCCGGCCCGCCGCCACCGGCCCGCGAGGGAACGCGCCGGUCAGGCCCAAGCAAGCGAGCGGCGGGCGGGCCGGAGACGGAACAAAAGCGCCUUUGUUGAGAGGCGGCCGCCGGAGGGUCACACACAAUGGAGGAGGGAGCCGGCGCCGCCGCCGCCGCCGCCGGGCCCGCCGCGGCGCCCUCCCGAGCCGCCCCCCCGGCGCGCCCCGCACACGUACACAUAUAUACUCACGGGACUUCUCCGACUCAUCGAGGGAGUGCGGGGCCCACGGACAGCCCCCAGUGUCGGCUCAGGUCUCCAGCUGUGCUGGCGGCAGCGGCGUCUCCGAGGUUCUCGCUUUGCCGCAGUCGCCGCCAUGUAA